UUAAUGAUUUUAAUAUUUCAGAAUGAAAUGUUUGUGAAAGCCUAAACAAUGAAUGAAUCCGUGUAUAGGGUCUGGAAACCGAUGAUAUGAUCAGAAGAAAGUUUUCAUGCGUAAAAUACAGUUUAGUAAUAUUUCUGGUCUUCUUCCUAUAUUUGCAAACACAUGUUUCAAAGGAUGUUGUUAGAGAAGGGAAGGGGGAGGGAGGAAGCAAAUAUCUGGAUGAUCUCAGGUUGGGGCGGGUACCCCAGGAGGAGGUGUACGGCCAGGACGCCGAGGACAAGAAGGUAAACGAGGAGGAGGAGGCGGAGGAGAGAAGGAGGGGGAAGAAUGGAGGUAAAGGGGAGGAGGAAGGGGGAGAAGAAGAGGAACAAACUGGAGAAAGAAAACCUUUAGAAAGUUUGUCGGGAGAGAGAGUUCAUGGAUAA